CACUCUCUGCAACUGCUCGUGGCUAUUCCAAUUCUCAAGAUGACCUGGUUAUCAAGCGAUUUUCACCCAUCCGCAACUCCCUCCUCAGCUUCACUCUUCGCUUCGGCUGCCUUGCCCAAGAUCCGAAAGUCUCCAAGUAUAAGGCCUCGCUAGGACUCUCUACAAUCCGCUUACCUACCGAGUACAGUACACCAGAGAGUCAUCUCGGCACUAUGGCUUUUGAUGAAGUCUCUUUACGCUGGACAGCACAAUUGAUAGUCUCACCUCCGAACUUCACACCCGACCUCCCGGGAGAUAAGAUUACACUUCCUCAGUCUGCUCUCGAGCAACUCCUUGCCGCUGCCCCGCUUCAAGACACCGCCUCGCCCGGUUCUGCGCGUUCUCUCACCACCGCAUUCGAUCCCUACAAUCCCUACACAUUUGCGACUGAGUCGCAAGCACGCGACCGCGCCGUAGAGCGCCAACAUCAACUGCCCCAACCGCUGACGUUUCGCAUUGUGAAUCCUCAAAAUGACCGCGUGGUCUAUGCGGGUAUUCGAGAGUUUUCCUCGAGGGAAAAUGAAAUCGGUUUGAGUUACUUCUUACGAUGCGCUCUCGGAUUGGACAUUCCCCGGUCGUCAUCUACAGGAGGGGCUGCAACCUCGGCCACGUCAGAGCAAUCCUCAUUUGCUACGGUAACGAUACACGCUCAACAGCUACCGAAGGGCACCUAUGUGCGCUUGCGACCUCUUGCAGCCGGAUACGACCCAGAAGACUGGAAAGCUCUGCUGGAACGCGUGCUACGCGAUAAUUACACCACUCUUACCGUUGGAGAGGUCUUAAUCGCUGUCAGCGGUCAAGGUGAGCCGUUCCGGUUUCUGGUGGACAGGGUGGAGCCUGAGGGCCCUGGAAUAUGUGUUGUGGACACGGACUUGGAAGUGGACAUCGUUGCUUUAACUGAGGAUCAAGCAAAAGAAACAUUACAGAAGCGGCUAGAAAAAUCAUCUCGCACUCUGGACAAUAAGACGGGCACUUCUUCUGGCGGCGAACUCCAUGUCAGCCGUUCAGUCACUGGCCAAGUGGCACCGGGUGGCUAUGUAGAUUACGAGCUUUCCAGUUGGGAUCGCGGGCAAAUCCUUGAAAUUUGCGUGGAAGGCGUUGGCAAUGCAGACAUUUACGUUUUUGCCAGCCCGUUCUCCGCUCGUCAAAGGAAUCGACCUAGGGCAGAUGAACAUGUUUUCGGUGACUUUGCAGUGCGACGCUCCAGGCGAUUAAGAAUUCAACCAACAAAUAUCGAGCUGGAAGGAACUGAUGCUCUCUAUAUAUCGGUCCAUGCCUUAACUUCUAACGUCCCCCCGACGGAAGGAUCUGAAACACCGGUGCCUUACAAGAUACAGAUCCUAGAUUGCUCCACAAUUGAGGAAGAUAGGUCUAUUUCACGAGAAGAUCUGAGCAACCGUGAGCCAGCGGAUGUGCAGUGUAAUAACUGCCGCCAGUGGGUUCCACAGCGGACUUUGGUGCUUCACGAGAACUUUUGUCUUCGUAACAACGUGUUCUGCUCCCAGUGCCAGAACGUCUUUCAGAAGCGAUCUCCCGAAUGGCAUGACCACUGGCACUGCCCACAUGAUUCAUGCUAUGGAAACAGUCUAUCAGAAAAGCAAAAGCAUAAUGAGAUUUUUCAUACGGAGCAUUCUUGUCGCGCUUGUGGAUACCAGGCACCGAGCCUGCCGCGCCUUGCCCAACAUCAAGUCUUGGUUUCUGGUCUUACCCCGCAUGAGCUGGUGGAUGGAGGACGGACAACGGAAUGCCACUUGUGCAACAAGAUUGUUCGGAUGCGAGGAAUGAGGACCCACCUACGCCACCACGAUUUGGAACGUCUGUCUCGACCUACGCCUCGCAUUUGCUUGAAUAAGAAUUGCGGCAGAAUCGUGGAUGGUCGCGGAACGCAGAGCGCCAAUCACCUGGGCCUAUGCAGCAUUUGCUUUGGUCCACUCUACGUGGACACUUAUGACCCAGAAGGAAAGGCUCUCCGACGACGCUUCGAGCGUCGAUAUCUCUCCCAGAUGAUGUCAGGGUGUGGUAAAUCCUGGUGUCAGAAUGAGUAUUGCAAGACGGGAAAGCUAGCCAGAAAACCUAGCGAGCCAUGCAACUUGAUGCAAGGUGAUAAACCUAAUCACGCGCCCUUUUACUUAUGUACCGAUCAAGUAAGCCAACAACGGCGCGCGCUUGCGGAAUCACUCGCCGCAGCAAGUUUUGCGGCGGAGGAGAAGUCCUGGGAUUUGGCAUGGUGUGUCGCUGCUGUGGAAGCUUGCGCAGGUGACCCUGAGCGAUCUCGCGAGUGGCUGGAGAAAUGGGCUCCGGCUCGUGGUGAGGACUCAAGUACGCUCGCGUAGGGGCUCAACUGCAUCAAGCGGGAUGACAAGCACAUAGUUGAGUUGGGUCUUUCUCCCUUUGGCUUACUACUUAGUUGUUCUGGGGCGUUUCACCAUUUUCGUGGGUGUUCUUGUUUCUGGUUAACGCUCAGGCGCACUAAAUCAUGAGAUUAUCUCUACAGCCAAGCUAUGAAUUUUUGACAAGGUCGAGACUGGGAAACAGUAUUCUUCAUAGCGGAAAACAUCGAUUACUUGGAUAGUAUGAG